ACGUUUCUUUAUUUAAAGUAAAAUACAACUAGUAAAUGAUUUAUUCUCAGCUGUAGACUGGGCGGAGAGGCUAGGCUAAUAUUCCUUCAAAACAUGCAACUUGUAGUCAUCACUGACCUUACAUAUUAAUAGAAUAGGCUGUGUAUCAAGGAAGAUGCUGGAACUAUUGUAAACUAUCCACAGGGGGGCGCUGUGUCGCUGCUGCGUCACGAACAUCAGAAAUUAACUGUCCGCGCUGACUGUGAUGUGAACAGUCAAACCAUAAUGGCGACUGCUGGAACAGCAGACCCGGGAUCAUCAGCCCCUACAGGGACCAGCAGCAUCAGAAAAAUGGCUCCAUCAGAGAUGCCUGGCUCAAGCACAACUCAGAGUAUGAAGAAAACCAUUGGACACCGGGGUGUUGAGACCACCACCGGAGAGACCACCUAUAAAAAGACCACGUCGUCCGCCCUAAAAGGAGCAAUCCAGCUGGGCAUCACUCACACAGUUGGUAGUUUAAGUCAAAAGGCGGAGAGGGAUGUUCUGAUGCAGGACUUCGUAGUUGUUGAAAGCAUUUUCUUCCCCAGUGAAGGCAGUAAUUUGACUCCUGCCCAUCACUACAGCGACUUUCGCUUCAAGACGUACGCUCCAAUCGCCUUCCGGUACUUCAGAGAACUGUUUGGCAUCCGACCAGACGACUAUCUGUAUUCUUUAUGUAACGAGCCACUGAUUGAGCUGUCCAAUCCCGGAGCCAGUGGGUCGCUGUUCUACGUGUCCAGUGACGACGAGUUCAUCAUUAAGACUGUUCAGCACAAGGAGGCAGAGUUCCUUCAGAAACUCCUGCCGGGUUAUUUUAUGAACAUAAACCAAAACAAGCGCACUCUGCUGCCCAAGUUCUACGGACUCUACUGCGUUCAAGCAGGAGGCAAGAACAUCCGUAUCGUGGUGAUGAACAAUCUUCUUCCUCGAAUCAUCCCCAUGCACCUCAAAUACGACCUGAAGGGCUCCACCUACAAGAGGCGAGCCUCACCCAAGGAGAGGGAGAAGGCGGUACCCAUCCACAAAGACCUGGACUUCAUCCAGGACUUACCAGACGGUCUGCUGCUGGAGAUGGACAACUACAAUGCUCUGUGCAAAACCAUACAGAGGGACUGCUUGCUUCUACAGAGUUUUAAAAUCAUGGAUUACAGUCUGCUGAUGGGCAUCCACAACAUGGACCAGGCCAGUCGAGAGCGAGAGCGCGGCCUGGGUAACUUUGGGGACAGCAGUGCACUAGAGGGCGCUGUGACACCUGAUCAACGCAGACCGCAGGCCCAGAAAAGUUUGUACUGUACGGCCAUGGAGUCCAUCCAGGGGGAGGCCCGGGGGAAGGGUGCUUUAGAUUCAGAAAACCACAUGGGUGGCAUGCCUGGUAAUAAUAAAGGAGAGCGGCUGCUGAUUUACAUUGGCAUCAUUGACAUUCUGCAGUCUUAUAGGUUUAUCAAGAAGUUGGAACACUCCUGGAAGGCCCUGGUCCACGAUGGGGACACGGUUUCAGUUCACAGACCUGGUUUUUACGCAGAGCGCUUCCAGCAGUUCAUGUGUAACACGGUGUUCAAGAAAAUCCCCUUGAAACCAUCACCGUCUAAGAAGAGUCGAGGAGGAGGAGGUGGAGGAGGAGGAGGAGGAGGGGUAGGGGUAGGGGGAGGAGGUCAGGGAGGUCUCAGGAGGGCUCCCACCUUCGGAGCCCCCACUCCUCUCUCCCACACAACGGCACAGAUGGCAGGGGACUCCAGACUGGUGUACCACAGCCAUUUCAAAAGCACAGAGUCGGAGGGUGACAGCGGGGUACAACAGGGCAGACCGGACCUGGUGCCAAGGACCCCUCCACUAGAAGACAAUCCUGCUGACUUUUCUACCCCGUCAUUAGGCAGCACAGGAGUUGCUUCCAUUUCCCCUCCGCUGCGUUCUGUUGGUGUGGAAGUGCACAACGCAGCAAACACAGAGCAGGAUCAGGCUGCUGAUCACAGUUUUGAAGCUGAAGAGGCUGCAAAUAAUUCUGGAACUCUUUCGGGUAAUGAAGACGUCGUUUCUCUCUCAGACAUCGUCCCAGAGACAAACAUCUGCUUUUAGAGGCCAGUGUGAUCUGAGGACGACGUGUUCCUGUUCCAGCUGAGGUGGAGGCAAGUAAGAACAAAGAGAAGGAAAGAUGUCACCAACGACGCCUCACUCUCCACACCCGCUGGUUUCUCACCCAAACCCACAGUGUCCAGAGGGGGCAGCAGUUACUGGAGCCGCAGUGGGUAAAGCAUUUCAGAUGAAAACAGCUGUGGUUGGUGCUCACUCGGCCCUUCUCUUCACUGUGGGGUCACAUCUUGUCACUUACGCCCUUCUACACUUUCUCCAUGGAUUCCCUGUGCCCACUUUUCACAGCAUGAAUAGACGUGAGGGGGCACAGCGGGCACUCCAGAGCACAGGAAGCAGUUUGUCGUACUGUAUGGAUCAACACAUCCCCAUGGCCGUGCACAGUGAGAUAUGCUUUGACAUUUCUGUGGCUCUAGUGUUGCUUCCACCACAUCGCACCACAAAUUUCCCCUCUGCACCCUCGUCAUCAGUGGGAACUCUGGGUGAUCGGCGGUCACAUGGGUCAAUGGGAUCCUGCUGCUGCUGUUGUUGACUUGUUGCAAUCAUUGACACGUUUCUCUCACCGACCGUAGUUUGUACAGUCUUCUUCUUUUACGGUCAGACUCUGGAAGACGCCGACCGUCUUUUCAACUCACAGCGAUGAGCGAUCUGUCCUUCUGCUGGAAGUCACGGUGCUGCGAAGGUCCACGGAGAUCUUGCUGCUGCUGCUGAAUGUACUCUAGUGUUUUAUGACGUGGAGUGUGUCUUACUGAUAUGGCAGACCAGCCUGAACCACCACCCCCUCUUCUCACCCCCGUCCGAUGUGCGACUGAGUAGAGAGAAAGGCAUGUAACGAGAGCGUCAACAGCUCCGUUGUCAAGGAUGUUGUUAGUUGUUAGAGGCAGGCGUGGGUUAAUGAGAGGCCACAGCUGUUAAUGCAUUAUUAUAACAGCUGCACCUAAUGAAUAAUAAUAAAACAAAGAAUUAUUUUAUUGUGUAUUAACAGCUAAUACAAUUUUUAAAUCUGGUUUCUCCACAGAGGAGCUGUUGAUUAAUCUCAGUAAAUCAUGGUUAGUUGAGCUAAAUCCACAUUCCAAAAUAUAAAUAAUAAAAAAAAUGUGUAUCACAAUACAGGGGCGAAGAUACGUUAAGUUGCGAAAUACUGUGAUGUUGUAGGCACAGUGAUGUAUUGAGGUUUUUUUUUUUUAAAUCUAUUUUAAUCGUAGGAAAACUGUCAGCAUAGUUUUUAGCCCUAAAAAUGACA